UAGAUUUUACCAACACAGGUUAGAGUUUAGAGAUAUGACGAUAUUUACCUGAUGGCUAUCUGCUCUGAAGUGCAACCAGUAGUCCUUAUCCGCUCACCAUCGCUCCUGCAAGCAUUCAACACUCACCCCAAGUACAAGGGCAGGGCUGAUUUGGUACUGUCAUUGAUUUCGGCGUAUGAUUUGGACAAAAAGCUCAGAGUUGUAGCCCCGCAGAAAACGGAAUGGAGAGACCUUUUGACCUUUCACAGCCAAGCAUACAUUGACUUCAUACGUAGCCAUGGUAACAGCGAGGAUGAUGAGCUGUCCCCCUCUCAGUUGGAGGAGGCAGACAUGUACGGACUCAAUUACGAUUGUCCUCUGUUUGAGGGUCUCCCACAUUUUGUCCUGGGCACAGCUGCUAGUAGUCUGACUGCGGCAGAGGUGGUGGUGCAAUCAGGGGGUGUGGCACUUAACUGGUACGGAGGUUGGCACCACGCCCACAGGGACGAGGCCAGUGGGUUCUGCUACGUCAAUGACAUUGUUCUCUGUCUACUCAAGUUGUUGGACCACUACGAGAGGGUGCUCUAUGUGGACAUGGACAUUCACCAUGGAGAUGGAGUGGAGGAGGCCUUUUACCAUUCCUCUCGAGUUAUGACUGUUUCCUUCCACAAACAUGCUCCAGGAUUCUUCCCAGGCAAGUGUCCCUCACCAGUCACAUUCAAUAACCUCUCAUUCAUAGGUAGUGGAGACAUGGCAAGUAUUGGCAGUGGACCAGGACAGUUCUUCACGGUCAAUGUGCCUCUAAAAGAUGGACUAACAGACAGAACAUUUCAUAAAGUAUUCACGAGAGUGCUCUCUGACGUUAAGAGCUGUUUCCAGCCCUCAGCUGUGGUGUUGCAAUGCGGUGCUGACAUGCUCAGUGGAGACCCAGUGGGGACGUUCUCUCUGACCCCGCAUGGGAUGAGUGACAAUGUGGACUACGUUCUGGCGUGGAAACUGCCGACUGUUUUGCUCGGAGGUGGAGGCUACAAUUUCCCAAAUACGGCUAAAUUCUGGGCCAUUUGUACUGGACUUGCGACAGGGCAGAAAUUGAUCAAUGAGAUUCCAGAACAUAGCCAUUACGAACAUUAUUCCCCGGACUUUGAACUUUUAGUAACCACUAGAAAUCGGCCUGACGAUAACACUAGCGAGUACAUUGAUGAGUUAUUGGAAACUAUAUCUGGCAAUUUCUCAAAUAUUUAUGAAUCAUCUUAGUUAUAAUUAUAAAAAUACCAUCUUUAUAAUUAUAACACCUCAUUUUCAAUACA